CCUUAGAUCUGUACUGUGUUAAUAAAACAAAAUGUAAAAUAUGAACAUAAGUAAUAGGUUAUUAUAUCAGAGGUUAGUUUAUAAGAUAAAAAUAUAUAACAGUUGUGAAAGUGUUAGUCUCAUCGAAUGCCAACUUUGAAAACAAAGAAGGCUCGAAGUAAACCAAUAACUGUUAAUUAAUUUAUUUAUUUUUCGAAAUAUUUUAUCCUCCAAGGAGGAAAGAUGCAAAAAGUAAAGAAGAAAGUCGCAGAAAAGAUGAGAUGGAUAGAAAAGGCAGCAAGGACUCAAAGACUUCUCCACCUUCGAAGGACAAAUCAGAUUCAAAAUUGCUAUCCAAAGGAAAAGAAGAAAAGGGUCGACCUGAUUCGGGAAGAUUCGGAAGGCGCCCCGACAGCCGACGUUCCGACGAGCGACGUCCGGAAGACAGGCGAAACACUAAUCGGAGAGAACGAAGGGAUGCUCCGGAAAGUUCUGGAAGUGAUCGAGGACGAGAUGAUCGUUUUCGGAAAGACGGCGGGAGUGACACGAGUGGCCGACGAGACCGAAGACCCGACAGUCGACGAGAUUCGCGACCAACUCGAGAAUCCGAAAACAAGCCGAAAGACCGAGAAACCUUGCCGAAAGCAGCCGAUUCUGACAAAGGUGUAAAACGCGGUAAAGAGCAAGACAAGGAGCACGUGAGCGACUCGGCGAAGGAAAGCGAAAAGAAGGCUAGAGACAGCGGAGAGGUUGGUGAUAACACCCCUCCAGGAGAGGAAGCCAAGGGAACUUCAAAGGAGGAGAAAAGUCGAAGUGAAGAAGAAGCGAUCAAACAGCGGCGACUACGAAACAAGGAUCGACCUGACCGAGCUAUUUACCAGCCAAGAUCAGUUUCACGGGGAGGUUCAAAAGCAGACUCGCCAAAAACAAGUGAAACUACAGAAAGAGAACGGAGCAAAGACCCGAAGGGUAGGGAGAAGAAUCGUGAACCAGAACGUGAUACGAGAAAAACUCGUGACGAAAAACCGCGUGAUCGAUAUCGCGACGAUCGAAGAGAGCGUGACAGGGAUCGAAGAACUGACCGUGAAAAGGAUCGUGAACGCGAGCGCCCGCGAGAAAAGACACGUGAUCGUGAACCAGAGAGUGACAGAAGGCGUGACAUUGAGCGCGCAAAUGAAGAACGAGAGGAUAAAAGCAAAGCUGAAAAAUGCGAGAGCGAACGUAAUGAGACGAAGAAAACAACUUGUGAAUGACACUCCAGUCUGGAUAUUAGUGCAAAAACAGCAAGGCGAUCGUUCAUUUUUCUUGUGAAAAAUAUUUUCUUCGCGACCGUAAACCACAAAGCGGUUUUUAUCCCGCUUAUCAAGAGCAUCUUUUGGACUCAUCGUUGAAGAAACGUUUUCUGUUUAUAAACUGAAUUAAAAAGUUCAAAUAAAACCAUUCGAGAAACAAAGGGAAAUGCGUUCUUGCCUCAAAGCAGUCGGGGCUGUUAUGAUUUUUUUCCCGUUUGUUCGUUGUGAUAAAACUGAAUUAAAUCCACUAUACGCCGCGAAAAUAUACCCCCAUAAGAGAAAAUGAAUGGUCUCUUGGCCCCCAUCAAGGCCUUAAAACAGCGUUUUCCCGAAGCACCCACGGUUCAUAUUGACAUGUCCAUAUGAGCUGCAAAGAACCCCUGUCCGUUAGGGCCGACCUGCUAUUGAUGAUUUUUUAGGCGCUCGGAGAUAAGGCCGAACCGCAGUUCAUUUUCGUCCCCAUAGCCCUUAUAGCUUCUCUUAGCCGGUAGGAUCUGGGCACGAACGAAGGGACAGUGUUGCAUGCUGCUGUUUCAGGGCUCUUCAAUGAUUCUUUAUUAAUGUGGAAUGUCAUUUUCUAGGAGUGAGCGCUUCGCAGAGUUCUAAGUCUUUGUAAGGAUUUUAAACGAAAUAAUUCAUCUUCAAAGAGCGGCAUGCCUACAAUCUCAAAUGGCUGAAAAUCACGAGCGUGAUUUUAGCUUUGUCACGCGCCGCUAUUACCCAAAUUCCAAAUACACUGGUUUCCAAACGAACGAAGCUAAGGAGCUGAAAAGUUGCAAAAAGGAUAUGAAUUCAGCGCCUCUUUAUAUGUCUGAUGACUUUGAUGAAGGAUUUUAAAGUCAACCUCGUUUAGAACGAGGUGGGUAAACACUUUAGUUGAUGACAUCACGUCACCACAUGAAACGCUCGUUUAGGUUCGUCACGUAACGCUCGUUACAGAAAAGAAGUCGGCCAUAGUCGGGGCAUGCACUGCGGCGAACAUGGCAAACUGUUGUCUAAUUUUCACAGGGUUUCUCGCGAUCUUGGUCGCCAUUAUCGUUGGCAUGUACUUCAAUCGAACUAUACCAGAAGGAAUGCCUAACGAUCAGUUAACCGGUCUGCGAGUGCUGAGUGUCGCCUCGGAUAUCGUUCAAUUUCUGGGCUAUACAGCUUCACUGUUUAGGAUUGGUGACUCACCAAUGGAAAAUGAGAAAACAAUGCAGGGCUGGGCAAUUGCACUGAAAACUGCCACUAAAAAAGAUCAUGAUCAUGAAAGGUUCUUGGAAAUCAGAGAUGAAAAGAUAGCCAACAUUCCUGUUCGUAUUUACAAACCAAAGAAAAUUGAUGCAGGCAAGAAAUCAACUGGGCUUGUUUUUCUGCACGGUGGUGGAUGGACUAUUGGAACUGUUGAUAUGUAUCACUCAGUGAUUUCUCGUUUGGCUAAAGAAGCUGAUGUUGUGUUGGUGUCUGUUGAGUACAGAUUGGCACCCAAGUACACCUUCCCUGCCCAAUUCCAUGACUGCUAUGCUGUUGUUAAGACCUUGCUAGCCACCGGUGAUAAGUAUGGUAUUGAUACUAGCCGCCUUGUUGUUUCCGGGGAUAGUGCUGGUGGUAACCUAGCAGCAGCUGUAGCUCUUAAGCUUCGCGAUGAAGGGAAACAACAACUGGCUGCUCAGGUAAGGACACCUCAGUCCAGCUCCAGUGAAGCUGCAGGGCGGG